ACUAUCGAAAUCGGGAUUCAAACAAUUAGUUUUGUUUAACGUUUCCAACUUUUAGGUCGUCAACGUAAUUUUGAAUCAUGAUUCUAUAAAAAAGAAUUUGGCAUACGUAAUUUAAAUUCAAACAUGGAUAGUGAAAUAUCCGCAGGCGGUGUUAUGUCGGAAGAUAUGCUUCAGCAACUAAGGGUUUGGCAGCAAGAGCAGAAAAAUCGUUUGAUAGAACAACAGCAACAACAAAGACUGCUUCUUAUUGAAAAACAGAAAAAACUUCUAUCUAUGAUCAAUACUUGUGAUGGUGCAACCAUCCAAGAAAACACAUCAGUUGGAACCCUGCAGCCAUCCAAUUUUAUGAUGAAAGAAGAAUUCAAGAAUCCAAAAGAAAAUGGAUGCAACAGUCCAAAGAUUUCUGUAAGCUCACUAAACAAUGUUGAUGAUGUGCCGCUGAAAAAACCAAAAUCUGUGCGCACAUUCAAUCAAUUGCUAGAAACCUCAAUCAGUAGUAAAGACCAAGUUCUCUCAUCACAAAACACUGCCCAAGAAAAGAAAUUCCCAUUUCUUAAAAGAGGACAGGGAAUAUCAAGGUUUGGUGUGAUAUCAAAGCCAAAGAUUGAGAAGACAACUCACUCCAAAGUAACAUCUGGAAAAGAAAACAAAAUUCCAUUUAUUUCUAUGACUACUGCUACUACAAAAGAAGCCCCAAAGACAAAUAAACAGCCUAUAUCCCACAUGCAAAAUCAGGUUAAACUGAAAUCUGUUCCAGUAGAACCAUUGCAAGAUACUAAAGUUAGCAUGGAGGUUGUACCAUUCCAGGCACAAGUAAAUGUUGACGAGUCUCUACAAGAAGUCAAUUCUUCUAAAAAUGAAGAAGACCUUGCAGUAUUUGAGCUCUUAGAACGGUUUGCCAAUAUUAACGCUAGUUUCUCAUCCAGUUCAUCUCUUAUUGGCCAACUCAUUGACAAAGGAGUUACACAUCUUCCUUCACCCUCGAAAGUCAUUAAUUUCCUUUCAAGAAAACGGACAAACUUUUCAGUUAAUAAUAGUGAAGAGGCCGGCAUUGCGCCAGAGAGAAAAACGGGAAAACCAACUAGGCAUGUUCGUUUUGCAGAGACUGUCGACGCAGAUCAACCACGUAGCAUGUCAAACGAAGAUGGCGAAAAACCAUGGUUGGCAGAUAUCUCAGAAGAAAACGCAUGCGAAUCUCACGCAUCACCCUACAUUUCCAACACAAUUCGGCCCAGCCAUCAAUCAGACCAUCCUGCGAGUCCUGUAGAAAGCCGCUUCGAUUUGGAUGAAACGCCCACUUCCCCAAUAGGGUUUCCCGAUUACCAAAAACUUUUUGGCAACCCGAUUCGAUCUUUAUUUACGAAUGAAGAGCUCCCAUCUCCCACUCAGGAUGACAGUUUCCUUAAAAAUAGUAAUCCAUUGAGUGACCUAUCCGAUCCCGUCGUCAAUCAAAUGAAAGGUGCUGCGUUACCAUUACCGAUAGAAGAUCCUCGUAUCGUUUAUCAAACGUCGCUUUUGCGGUCCAGACUGACCAGCCUAGAGCGCGAAAUAUCUAACUACAGACGAGAAACCGAAGCUCUACGUCGGGCGAGGAAAGAACACGAGGAAUCCAAACAGAAAUUGGAACAAGAACAAGAAAAAUUUAGGCGAUAUACUGAAAACGAGAAACGAAGACUGCAGUUGCUGUAUAGCGAGGAACAAAAGAGAGUGCGAAUGGAACAAAUCAAAGAUCUUCCUCAACUGAAAGAAAAUGAGGAGCAACUAAGCAGGUUAAGGGAAGAAUUAAAACAAACAAAAGAAGAGCAUCGACAAAAGGAAAAUAAAUGGAUGGCAAGCCAAACAAAGGUUCAGGAUAAGAUACGCACACUUGAAAUUCGUAACCGGGAAUUAACUGAAAACCUCGAAAAAGUGCGUACCGAGGAACAGAACUUGCGACGCCGACUUAAUGCUAGUCUUCGACCUGGAGCUUUGGCUAAAAAUUCAAAAUCUGAUAAAACACACCCUGUAGUAACAGAAGAAGGUGGACCUGCACCCCGGCCGCAGAGUCCACAGGUUGCUUUGAUUGUUUCUAACGAAGCCAUUCCAUCGCCUAGAAAUGCCCAGAAAGAACCAAAUAAUUUCGGUGAAACAGUUAAUCCUAAAAAAUUGGAAGAAACCUGCGCCAAGAAUUCCAGUCCAGGAUCUGGAACUGUUUCCCAAACUGUAUUACCGGACGGAACCAUGUUAGUACUCUACCCGAAUGGCAAUCGUAAAGAAAUUUGGCCGGAUGGCAGAGGAACGCAAGUCGUCUAUUACAACGGUGACAUUAAGCAGAAGCUGGCUGAUGGAAGCGUGGUAUACACCUAUGCAGAUAGCGGAACGAAGCACACCACAAAGCCGGAUGGAACAGAUAUUCUAGAAUUUUCAAGCGGACAGAUAGAGACUACCUAUGCAGAUGGCCGAUCUCAUGUCUUGUAUCCUGGAGGUGCACAGAAGACGAAAUAUCCAGAUGGACGAGAGGAUUCUCAGUUGCCUGAUGGCACAAAGCUAUGGACGGAUGGUAAAGGACAUGGCGUUAUGACCUUUCCUUCAGGCAUUCGAGAAAUCUACACACCGAUUUGCAAGUUCUUGAGUUCAGUUAUGCAUCCACGCAAUCCUUACCGAAUUCCUCCAGACUUCAAGGAGCUGGCACUCAAAUUCCCAGAGUUUCGCAAACACGCAAAGCAGAAACUGUCAGGAAAAAUCGAAAUAGAUUUCAAGGAUGCAGCUGCAGUCAGAGCCCUAUCUACUGUUCUUCUAAAACGAGACUUUAACCUUGAAGUUGAAUUACCUCCUGAUAGACUAGUUCCCACUCUUCCAUUACGCCUCAACUACUUACUUUGGGUUGAAGACUUACUACAAUCAGCCAAACCACCUACAGAACAAUUGGUUCAUGGAAUUGAUAUUGGAACUGGAGCCUGUUGCAUCUACCCCAUACUUGCUGCUAGAAUGAAAGGAUGGCAUUUUACUGCCACUGAAACAGAUGAAGUAAACUUCAAGUGCUCUGUGGAUACAUUGGAGCGCAACUGUUUACAAACUCACGUGACAGUUGUAAAAGUAUCUGCUGAAUCCAUGCUACAUGGGAACAUUGACACCACCAAACAGUAUGACUUCACAAUGUGCAACCCACCCUUCUUUGACAGUGAUAGUUUUGGACCCAAAUCAAGAAGUGAAAAAAGGCCGUCACCAAUGUGUCCCAAGUCUGGUGGGUCUACCUCUGCCACUGAAAUUGCUGUGAAAGGUGGUGAGGUUAAGUUCAUAGAAACUCUCAUUAAAGAGUGUCAUGAAUUAAAACCUUGUGUGAGAUUAUUUACCACUAUGGUAGGCCACAAAUCAAGUCUAGUUCCAAUAAAAGCUUUUCUAAAGGAGGCAGGCGCCUGUUCUUGGAAUGAAACUGAAUUCUGCCAAGGUCGCACCACUCGUUGGGGAUUGGCCUGGACUUUCUGUGAUAACAUAGUGCUCGCCAACCCACCCCUAAGUCGGCUGAAGAAUAACGUGAAGGGACCACCUCCUUUAAACUACUCCAUUUCCCGCGAGCAGUGGAGCUCUAAAGGAGAAUUCAGCGUUGCCUGCGUUCUCCUCAAAAGUGUAGAGCUUUUAAAUUCUUUAAAAAUGGAGAUCAGAAAAGUAAAAGAAAAGAAGGACAGAAAAGCUGUUGAGUUCAUCGCAAAGGAAAAUACAUGGUCGAAUCAACGUAGGAGGCAACGAGAAGAAAAACGCAUCGCAAAUCAAGGUUUCGAACAGCCCGAACUUAAAAAAGCUAAAAUUGAUGCGGCUACCCUUGAACAGCAAAACAAUCACAAGUUUCGUUUAAAAGGAUUACUUCUCGUGGAGGAAACCGAUGCAGAUUUUAUUUCUUUACAACUGCAGUGGAUCGAAGGAGGUUUGGGUAGAGAAUCGAUGAAUCAAAUCUUACAGUAUAUGAAGAACCAUUUAUUAGAAAAAUAAAACGUUUAUUUUUCUUCGCAAA